AUGAUAGACCAUGUUCUAGGAAGACCAUCAGUAAAAUCACGCAGACUCCAGGUCCUUGCUGUGUUGACAUUUUGGUCGGCUUACUUAUUCAAGGGCCACAAACAUGGACCGCCUCUCUUGCGUUUCUUCUCACGCAUUUUCUCCAAGUCUCUGACAGCAUGGCAGACUGUAGUCAUCACCAUGCUCUACCUUUACGCCGCUCGGAACUUCAGCACUCUGGUUGGAUUGGCCAGCCCGGAGCCCUUGGCGAAUAUGUACGAUGCGACCUACUAUCGUGCAACCUGGGUGCUGACUGCACUCGACGCCGGCUUCUGGACAGCCAUGAAGAUUCGGCAGAAAUGGCUACGCGAUAUUUCGAGUGUCGUAUUCUCCGUCUUCUACCUGUUUGCCGCCGAAAAGGCCGACGAGAAGGUUAGGAAGGUCAGGGGAAAUCUCACUAUCGACCACCUCAGAGUCAGCUGGAAUAAAGGGAACGAGUCUCCCUACCUGAGGUUCUUCCAGGGGCUUCAGAGGCCACGCUUCACACGCUGGCCUCCGAGGGCUAUCCGGAUUCCGCGACCGCCGUCGAGUGACUACAAGGAGCCUGUCUCGGGGUGGCUGUACUACGAUGGUCCGCUCUCGAAUUUGGAGCAUCACAACAAGAUAGUUCUAGACAUCCCGGGCGGUGGAUUCGUUGCCAUGGACCCUAGAUGCAGUGAUGAUAAGCUGAUGGCAUGGGCUGCCAAGACUGGACUGCCUAUCCUGAGCUUGGACUACAAGAAAGCACCCGAGUUCCCCUAUCCAUACGCCGUUAACGAGUGUUACGAUGUCUACACCACUAUCAUCCACACUCGCGGCCGGUGCAUUGGCUUAUCGGGCCGGGAAGUUCCUAAGGUUGUCGUCACUGGAGACAGCGCGGGUGGAAAUCUGGCAGCGUCCAUGACACUGAUGAUCAUCGAGAGUGGCUCUACCCCGGUGCGGCGGUUUCGUGGACAGGCCGACCUUCCACUACCUGACGGUCUGGUCCUUUUCUAUCCGGCGUUGGAUAUGAACAUCGGAAACUGGAUGUCGGACGCGCAGAUGUCUCUGAUCCAGGAUCGGAGCAUGCGAGGCACCAACAAGCGGAUCGUUCGCCGCAAGAGCAUGCAGUAUAACGCCCUCGCCGGCACCCCUCACCAGUCAGAUGACGAAGACGAGGCGACCCCCAAAUCAAUUUCGAGCUCGGAAACGGGCCCAGGGCAGGCCGGUCUGGCUUUUGAGAGCAACUCACGCAGCCCCAACCCCGAGUACACGCACUCUGGGCCGUCGACCUGGACCAGGAAACAGCAUGCCGCGUCGUCCGAGCCGCCGAACCGCCAGGGAAGCGCUUCAUAUCGUGCCGAGCCUCUCGGCACGCGGCUGGCCAUGUCGUCGAUGCUCUCGUACUUCAACGACCGAGUCCUCACGCCCGAGAUGAUGCGGGCCAUGAUAAUUCUUUACAUCGGCCCGCACAACCGGCCCGACUUCAGCCAGGACUACCUGCUCAGCCCCAUCCUCGCACCCGACAUCCUCCUGUCCUGCUUCCCCAAGACGUACUUCCUCACAGGGGAGCGGGACCCGCUCGUCGAUGACACCAUCGUCUUCGCCGGCCGGCUCCGGCGGGUCCGGGCGGCGGCGCACGCGUCCGGGGGCGCGCGCCUCGAGUACCGCGAUUCGGACGCACUGGUCGACGGCUUCGACCAGAGGGACGCCGCCGAGGUGGCCCUCAUCCCCCGCAUCAGCCACGGCUUCCUCCAGUUCCCCACUGUCUACCCGCCCGCGUGGAAGCUGAUCGACCGCUCGGCCAGCUGGAUCGAGGACGCCUUCGCCGACGCCGAGAGGCGCGACAGGGAGCGGCGGAGGGUGGCUGCCGCCGCUGACGCCGCCAACGGCGUGGGCGCAGGGGCGGGUGCGGGCGCGAAUGCGGCUAGGCACCACGCCCGUCAGGAGUCGAGCGGGGACGAGGACCGACCGCUGGAGAUUGGCAUGACCAGAGCCAGGGCUAAGUCGGUGAGGGACGAGGCGGGGAAGAAGUUGGCAGACGCAGACGCAGACGCAGACGUGGACGCCGGGGUAGAGGCGGUAGUCAAUGGCGAGAAGGCGGCAAAUGGGAAGGUGGGGAGGAGGAAAGGUGCAAAGGCGAGGGCGAAGGAUAGGGAUGAUAAGAGCCUGGUCAAGCUGGAUAGCUCGGAUGACCUCCUGGGCCGUAGGAUGCUCGGUCUUGCGGGAGGGUUGACGGGUUUGGGAGGGGAGGAAUGA